UUCGGAACGAAGUGACGGAUUAUUUCUAGAAUCGUGUUUUGAUUCAAAAACCUCCCAUCCUCUCUCUCCCCGCACUCUUCUACUCUACAUCUUCCAUCUCUGCGCAAAACCCUAGCUUCUUCUCCUUCGCCAUUUCAUCUAUCUUAUAACAAUGGCGGCCAUGAUGCAGCCACAGAUCAUCCUUCUUAAAGAAGGAACAGAUUCAUCUCAAGGUAAGGCUCAGUUAAUCAGUAACAUUAAUGCCUGUACUGGUAUUGCCGAUGUCGUUCGCACCACUUUAGGGCCUCGAGGUAUGGAUAAACUCAUCCAUGACGAUAAAGGUAAUACUACCAUUUCUAAUGAUGGUGCUACUAUUAUGAAGCUCCUUGAUAUUAUUCAUCCUGCUGCAAAGAUCCUUGUUGAUAUCGCUCGCUCCCAAGAUUCUGAGGUUGGUGAUGGUACCACGACUGUUGUUCUCCUAGCUGGUGAGUUUAUGAAGGAAGCAAAACCUUUUGUAGAAGAUGGAGUUCAUCCACAGAAUUUAAUUCGAAGCUAUCGAAUUGCUGCUCAGUUGGCUAUUGAGAAGGUUAAAGAGUUGGCUGUGAGCAUUGAGGGAAAAAGUUUGGAAGAAAAGAAAAGCUUAUUAGCUAAAUGUGCAGCGACCACACUCAGCUCUAAGCUUAUUGGUGGAGAGAAAGAUUUCUUUGCUAACAUGGUUGUUGAUGCGGUUCUUGCUGUUGGAACUGAUGAUAGGUUGAGCAUGAUAGGGAUUAAAAAGGUACCAGGAGGCAAUAUGCGAGAUUCAUUUCUAGUCAAUGGUGUAGCUUUUAAGAAGACAUUCUCUUAUGCUGGUUUUGAACAACAACCUAAGAAGUUUUUGAAUCCUAAAAUACUUCUGUUGAACAUUGAACUGGAAUUGAAAUCUGAGAAAGAAAAUGCAGAGAUAAGGCUUUCAGAUCCAUCUGAGUAUCAGUCAAUUGUUGAUGCUGAAUGGAAUAUCAUUUACGACAAACUGGACAAGUGUGUGCAGACUGGUGCUAAAAUUGUACUUUCACGGUUAGCAAUUGGAGACCUGGCAACACAGUAUUUUGCUGAUAGAGAUAUCUUCUGUGCUGGUCGUGUUGCUGAGGAAGAUUUGCAGCGUGUUGCUGCUGCUACUGGUGGAACUGUACAAACAUCAGUCAACAAUGUAAUCGAUGAGGUUCUUGGUACAUGUGAAAUAUUUGAGGAAAAGCAAGUUGGAAACGAGCGGUUCAAUAUUUUUAGUGGAUGUCCAUCUGGUCAUACAGCCACCAUCGUUCUUCGUGGUGGAGCUGAUCAGUUCAUUGAAGAAGCAGAGCGCAGCCUGCACGAUGCUAUUAUGAUAGUUAGAAGAGCAGUUAAGAACUCCACUGUUGUGCCUGGAGGGGGCGCCAUAGAUAUGGAAAUAAGUCGUCACCUAAGACAACAUGCCAGGACUAUUGCAGGAAAAUCUCAGCUGUUUAUAAACUCUUAUGCCAAAGCUCUAGAGGUAAUCCCGAGACAGCUUUGUGACAAUGCUGGGUUUGAUGCAACAGAUGUGCUGAACAAAUUGAGACAGAAGCAUGCACUUCCUUCUGGCGAGGGUGCUAAUUAUGGGGUGGACAUCAACACUGGUGGCAUAGCGGAUUCUUUUGCCAAUUUUGUUUGGGAGCCAGCAGUUGUGAAAAUUAAUGCUUUAAAUGCGGCAACAGAGGCAGCCUGUCUUAUAUUAAGUGUUGACGAGACCGUGAAAAAUCCCAAGUCAGAGAGUGCUCAAGGAGAUGCUGCUGCAAGUGCUAUGGGAGGCAGAGGACGAGGAGGUGGUGCAUUCCGGGGUGGACGGGGAAUGAGAAGGCGAUAAGUUUAAUUUAAGUGAAUCCAGCAUUCAUGCAGGAGUCCGUUGGGAAGUUUUAGUUUGACAAUGCUGUCCUUUGAUAUAUUAAGAUUUUCCAAAAGGGCAGCAUUUGGAGCAUAUCCUGUUGUGUGCAAAACAAUCGCAUAUAGGCGUUGCGCUUUGCUAUCUGUUAUACACUUCCAUUUUGUGUCACAAAUUAUAUUCUAGUUGUAUUGCUUGAUUUAAAUAUAAUGUUGAGGGUUCGUUUUGGGGAACUUAUUACAAAAAUUUUGGACGAUAUGUAGGGAUUAGUUUAAUCUUCAUCGUUGCUACUCUAUGUACUUGAGAUUUGCAACAUGGGAGUAUAAAGUAUGAAAUAUGUUUCGAUUCACGCUUGGCGACCAUUGUUUCUAUCAUUUUAGUUAUACUUAAACUUCUAAGUUCUCAUUUUUGGUAGUAAACUUGGUUCUUGCAA